AUUACCUCGUAGUUACCAUCCUUUCUAAUUACCUCGUAGUUACCAUCCUUUCUAUCUUUCUUCAGUUUUCCCACAUUCUGUUUUGAUUUCCGUUAAUAGUUUCCCUUGGAAGUUCGAAAACGCUCUGAGAAAAAAGAGGUCGAACUAAGGCACAUUAUUUUCCUUUGCAACUUUAUUUUCUGCCAUUCUUGCUCUUUCAUUUCUCUCCAUCACAUGCCUACAGUUUUUUUAUUCAGGAGAACAUGGCCAAUGAUGAUGUGAAAAAGUCUAAUGCUAAUGCCAGCGGUGGAGGGAAAAAGAAAGAGGUGAAGAAGGAAACGGGUUUAGGAAUAACCAAUUGUAAAGAUGAGAAUUUUGGGGAAUGGUAUUCUGAGGUAGUUGUCAAUGGAGAAUUAAUUGAGUAUUAUGAUAUCUCGGGCUGUUAUAUUCUGAGACCGUGGGCAAUGUCGAUCUGGGAGACCAUGCAAAAAUUCUUUGAUGCUGAAAUAAAGAAAAUGAACAUCCAGAACUGCUACUUCCCACUUUUUGUUUCUCCAGGCGUAUUGCAGAAGGAGAAGGAUCAUGUGGAGGGUUUUGCUCCUGAGGCAUUUAUUCCGAACAAUGGUCGUGGUAUACAAGGUGCAACUUCACAUUGUUUGGGUCAAAAUUUUGCCAAAAUGUUUGAGACAAACUUUGAAAAUGAAAAGGGAGAGAAGGGUAUGGUUUGGCAGAACUCGUGGGCCUAUAGCACUCGUACGAUUGGUGUGAUGGUAAUGGUUCAUGGGGAUGAUAAAGGCUUGGUGCUGCCACCUAAAGUAGCAACAGUCCAGGUUAUUAUAAUUCCUGUGCCGUACAAGGAUGCUGAUACUCGGGGAAUAUUUGAUGCCUGUGCUUCUACAGUGGAUAUCUUGUCUGGGGCCGGUAUUCGUGCUAAGGCAGACUUUAGAGAUAACUACUCUCCUGGUUGGAAGUACUCACAUUGGGAAAUGAAAGGUGCUCCUCUAAGGAUUGAAAUUGGGCCAAAAGACUUAGCUAAUAGUUAGGUACGAGCUGUUCAUCGUGAUAAUUCAUUGAAAAUAGACAUCUCUAGAACCAACUUGGUUGAGCAAGUGAAAGAAAUGCUUAAUAAUAUCCAACAUAGCCUAUUUGAUGUUGCGAAACAAAAGCGAGAUGCAUGCGUUAAGACCAUACAAACUUGGGAUGAAUUUGUGGAAGCACUCAGCCAAAGGAAAUUGAUCUUAGCUCUUUGGUGUGAUGAGGAGGAGGUGGAGAAAGAUGUGAAGGCAAGGACAAAAGGUGAGAUUGGAGCGGCUAAGAGCCUUUGUUCCCCAUUUGACUAGCCAGAGCUCCCAGAAGGUACUGGCCCCAUGUUUCAUGUGAGGGUUGUUUCAUUUAUUGACUUUCCUUUUCCACUUUGAAACAUCAACUCAAUUUUUAUAAUCUUCCAUCCUUUUUUCUCAAAUUGAUACUGCUCCAAAUUUACCUGUUCUUGCCUCUGAAGGUGAUCAAAAAUUGAAGGGGUCAUGAUGGUCUGUCUUAGAGUUGUCACUAGCUGGGCAAUAGCUGCAGCUCGUUACCGCAACAUGUGCACUACUUUCACCCUUAGGAUAUUCAGUUCACUCGUUUUCUUAUUUAUAUCAUUGUUGGAUAGAAUUGAGAAUUUGUUGUGGUUAAGGCCAUCUCUGGUCAAUUGGUGCUACAAUGUGGGAUUAUUGUAGCCACGACUAGAACCUUCAUCAGUGUAUCACAAAAAUGUAGAAUGUUACUUUCAAAUGUCUCUCAAAUAGAGGUGGGUACGAACACCCUCAGGCUGGUUGGCAGCAGUUCUCACUGGGUGAAUUGAUGGGUGUCAGCCAUUCAGUAUGAUUCCUCAAACUGACCAAUGAUGGGUCCUAAAUUACAGACAAUGAUUGCUGUUGAUCAGUUUGUAGUUGGUGGCGAGGGUGUGAGAUACUACCACCAGAUUACUACACCUCACCACUAGUAUUCUGGUGGAAGAAUGUUUGUGGUGUUUGAGAGAUCUCAACACCUUGCCACCACCAUAAAUAGGCUCCAGGGCUGUCAGGUUGGUUGAGCUUGUCAGUUUUUUAAACCCUAUUUCCAACAGCCGCCCUGACCUUUUUGGAAACCUUAUUUUCGUUAGCCACCACUGCCUAACAGCAAAAACCAAACAUUCUUGGGUCUGUAUCGGUCAUGUUGGUGGUUGGGGUUGGGUAUUUUGCCCUCCUCUAGUCUCAAUUAUUCCUUGUCAUAUUUGUCUAAUCCCUCUGACUGUUGCAGUGUUUCAACUGCUGGUUCCCCCUUGGGGGGAUUUAAUUACUGAUGUAGUGCCUAGUAAAGUUUUCCUCUAUUAGAAAAUAUUUGCAUCACCAAAGGAUCAAGAAAUCAUGGUUAAUGGUACUUGUGUUAUUUUCUGAAAGUUGCAUGUUAAUCCAAUGGUAUGUUAUACUUGAUUAAAAACAUGAUAACAUAAACUACACUUGGUUUGGAUGUUUGCUCCAACGUCUAGCAACAUUGCUGUAAAAUGGCUAUUCCUUAUGAAAUAUGACAUUUAUGUCAGUGACAGUGUAGGAUGAUGCAACAUUGUGGCUUGUGCCACUGAAUAAACAAGUUUCCCUGAGACAUCUAUGUGGUCUGAAUGGUUCAUCACACACAUGAGUUUGAUUGUAUGUUUAUUCUGAAUAUUUUCAUAGGUACUAAAUGUUUUGCUUCUGGAAAGCCUGCAAAAAAGUGGACAUACUAGGGCCGGACUUACUAGAUUAUUGGGUUCUGGCACCAAUUUCUUAUAGUUUCUCAACCUGAUUGGCAUGCCAAGAAAUCAGUAAUGCUAAAAAACUAGACAUACAAGAAAUGAGCUUGACAAAGCAUCUGUUAAUACCAUAAAAUACAUUGCUCAACAUAGGUUUAAUAUUAUACAGUUCUGUUUAUGUUUUUGGUGCCAUCUCUGGUUCGUUGUUUUUUUUUCUUUUCCAUUUUUUAUCUGGUAAUUUAACAUUGUGUACAUAUUUGUUUCCAGAUUUUUUAAAUGAAAUAUUUAAGUUAUGAGGAAAAAAAUAAACGUUCUAUGGGGACAUUUUUUGGAUAAGGAAAAAUAUAUAAUUCCAAGAAUGGAAAAAAAUGUAAGUUUGCAAGCAUAUCACAGGGUAACACAGCCAAAAUUUUGAAAAAAAAAAAAAAGUUUUCUUCAAAGAUGCGAGGUGGUAUGGGUUUUAAGAACCUUGAGCUUUUUAACUUAGUUUUAUUACCAAAACAAGACUGUCGAGUAAUUCAAAAUCUUAAUACUUUGCUGUCUCGGGUCUAUAAAACCAAGUAUUUCCCUUUCACGGAUUUUUUUUCAUUCACAUUUGGAUAGUAAACCCUCAUAUGUAUGGAGGAGCAUUUGUGUUGUUAAAUCUCUUUUGCUAGCUGGGGGUAUUUGGAGAAUAGGGAAGGGUGUUGAUGUAAGGAUAACUCAAGAUAAAUGACUCCCAAUUUUCUGGUUACCUGAGUCUGUUCCACGAAAUUAUGUAUUCAUGAUGAUUGAAAGUUAAUAUUCUUAUGCAUCAACCUAAUGUUUAUUGGGAUGUGAAUUUGAUUCGAUCUAUAUUUCCUCCUUUUGUUGCUAAUGCUAUUGUACAGCUUCCUUUAUUGCCAAAGGGAUGGGGUGAUAAGUUUGUAUGGAUUAGCACUAAAAAUGGCUUGUAUUCACUAAAGUCUGGAUAUUAUCUUGCUGUCAUAUUAUUUGAUUCUACUGUUGGUGCGGGUAGUUAUGAUUUUCAAGGUUCUUCAUCCUUUUGCUGUCAAUUCUGGAAUUUCAAUCUUUCGAAAAAAGUUAAGAACUUUGAGUAGAGAGCAUAUAAUGAUAGUCUUUCUACAAAACUAAAUAUGCUAAAGAGGGGUGUUAUAUCUAAUGCGCAUUGUUCUUUUUACUCAUUGGUCGUGGAAGAUUACUAUCAUAUUUUUUAGGAUUGUCCACAUGCGAAAAAAAUUUUAACUGUACGUUGUGCUUUUGUUAUGCCUUUUUUGGAGACUCUAGACAAUUAUUCUGAUUGAGUUGGGGUUUUGAAGCAAUACUAUAUAACUACAGCUUCACGUUUUAUUACUAUUUAUUGAGGUGUUUGGCAAUGUAGGAAUAUGAAGUUAUUUUAGAAUUCUAAUUGUAUGCUUAAUGAUGUGGUUGAUAAUUAUUUGGCAUAUGUUGAUGGGUACACUACUAUUAAAUUGCAUCAAUCGAUUGUACAUAAGGAUAUCAUUCUUUUUUGAAAAUCUCCUUUGCAAGGUUCAGUAAAGCUUAAUUUUGAUGUUACUUUGUUUCAUUCUUCUGAAUCUGAACGUGUGGGGGCUAUUUUAAGGACCAACGUAGACGGACCCAUAUUGAAGCCCUCUCGAAGCCAUCUGCAUACCCCACGUCGAGUGUAGGUGGGGGAGGGAGAGGAUAAGAAAGAAUGAGAGUGCUCUUUUUUUUUUUUUUGGGCUUCCGACGACGGUGGAGAAGUGCAAAUGGGAGGGAGAGAAAGGAGAGGGCUGAGUGGGAGAGGGAGAGCAUCGGAUUGUGCUUAUGGGUGUCUUUUCUCAAUUCUUAUACAUGCGGGUGCAUUUUAGUGAUGAAUAGAUCGCUUACGUGUCUUCUUGUUAUUGGUUGAUAGGGAAAUAUUUUUCACACCCAUCCGGCCUUAAGCUUUUCUCAAUUAAAAAAGGAUACCACCCAACACGGUUAUACCAAACCGGGUAGAAAAGCCCCACAUGGAAAAAAUAAAAAAUAAAAUCGAAUAAUCAUAUUGAUUAACUUUUUAUAUUUUAUAAAGAUAUUUAAAAUAUAAAUAUCAUUCCUUGUUAAUAAAGAAGAUAGAUUUGUAGUUUAGUAUAAUUUUUUUUAAUUAAUAUUAGAUAUAGUUAAAGUGUGUAAAUCUCGAGCAAUUUCUUUAAAAAAGUUAUAGUGCACAAUCUCUAAUAAAAAAAGUUGAGCUCACCUUGAAAAAAAAAUGAAUUUUUUUAUAUGAAUCUUAAGUAUAUUCCACUUUUUUUAAAAGAGAUGAUGCAUACAUUAUAUGUAGAGAUUAUUUUUCUAAUUUAAUAUGAAUAUUUUUUUGUCACUACAAAGAAAGUAAUUUUACAAUCAAAAUUUAAAUCUAAUACAAUUUUUUUAAAAAUAAAAAUAAGAUCUUAAGACAUAUAUAAGUUUUUUUAAUAAUAGACCCAUGUAUUUAUUUAUUUAUUACAAAAGACCCCAUUUAUUUUAAGAAUCUACGCUAUCUACCACUAACCAUUGUUGAAAAUUACCCUUAGACCAGUUGAUCUUUCCAGUCCGUCCUUGCCUUAUCCUCUCUCCCCCUCUCUCUCUCUCUCUCCGUUUAUUUCUUUUGAAACCGGCACAAAGCCAAGGCCUCCUCUGUAGUCAGUAGUGAACAAAAACGCAACAUGAAACAGAGUACCAACGAUUGCGAACAUAACACAACGUUUCGCUACAGAUUUUUUUACUCGUUGCAAUAACUCCUUGUUCUUGACUAAACCCAAUCAGUCCCAUAUCUUAGCUUUUGCUUAAAUUAAAAAAAAAAUGGCGUCUUCACU